AUUGGCGCUUGUGUAUCUUUGCUAGCCAUGGCCAUCUUAUAAGCUUUGCUAGCGAAAUUAUUUUUCUAACACGAAGUACUCGUUUCUCAGCAAAAACGUUACCGUGGUUAUGUAACGAAAGAUAACGGCAAAAAGCAAAACACCAUUAAUGCACAGUGACCACAAUGGCAAGUGAUGUGUGCAGCCAUGUAAAGGUGGUGGUUCGGGUGAGGCCAACCAACGACAGUGAGAAGCGUGAAAACUGUCGAAAUGUGGUCCAGGUUGUCGAUAACCACAUGCUCAUAUUUGACCCCAAAGAAGAGGACAUAUCUUGUUUUGGGUCACAAAGAGUGCGGAACAGAAACAUCAACAAGAGGCCUAACAAAGACCUUAAGUUUGUUUUUGACCAUGUUUUCAGCGAGAGCUCCACUCAAGUUGACAUCUUUGAAAACACCACUAAAGGCGUGUUGGAUGGUGUAAUGAAUGGAUUUAACUGCACAGUGUUUGCCUAUGGUGCUACUGGAGCAGGCAAGACACAUACCAUGUUAGGCUCACCAGAUAACCCUGGGGUCAUGUACCGCACCAUGAAAGAGCUUUUCAAACGCAUGGAUGAUGCCAAGGAGGAGAAAGAGUUUGCUGUCGCAUUCUCGUAUCUUGAGGUUUACAAUGAACAGAUAAGAGACUUGCUAGCUAAUGCAGGCCCUCUCGCAGUAAGAGAGGACAGUUCUAAAGGAGUGGUUGUUCAGGGCCUCACACUGCAUCAGCCCAAAUCUGCAGAGCACAUUCUUGAGGCUUUGGAUUCUGGCAAUCGAAACAGGACUCAACACCCCACUGAUGUGAACGCCACCUCUUCCCGGUCCCAUGCUGUAUUUCAGAUAUAUUUGAGACAGCAGGACAAAACUGCCAGCCUCAAUCCUAAUGUCUGUGUUGCCAAAAUGAGCCUAAUUGAUCUGGCAGGUUCAGAGAGAGCCAGCGCCACCAAUGCCAAGGGGGCACGCUUGCGGGAAGGUGCUAACAUCAAUCGCUCACUCCUUGCUCUGGGAAAUGUUAUCAAUGCUCUUGCUGACCCAAAGAGCAAAAAGGCACAUAUACCGUACAGGGACAGCAAGCUGACACGGCUACUUAAAGACUCGUUGGGAGGCAACUGCAGGACGGUUAUGAUUGCCAAUGUUAGCCCCUCAUCGAAAUCAUAUGAUGACACCCACAACACACUUAAAUAUGCCAACAGGGCCAAGGAGAUUAAGUCCUCGCUGAAGAGUAAUGUUGUUAGUCUGGACAGUCACAUUGGCCAAUAUGCAGUGAUAUGUGAGAAGCAACGGCAAGAGAUUCUACAGUUGAAGCAGAAACUAAAAGAAUAUGAGGAGAAGAACAUGGUGCCUUCUAACAUAAUCUCGUCCCAGAAGCAAGCAGAGUUCAAAAGGGUGUCAGAAGCUCUGCAGCGAAUCUUCUCGAGUCGGGCCCAAAUCAGGAGAGAACAGCUGGAUCUGGAGAGACAACUGAAGGAGAAUGAGCUGCGCCAGCGCUACAGUGAGGAGGACAACCUGCAGAUCCAAUAUUUUUGUGCCAAAGAAAAGACUGAGAAGGCCACUUGUAAGCAUGAGCGGAAGAUUGCCAGCUUACGCACUCAGCAGCAACACAUUUGCAAACGUCUGAAGGAGGCAGAAACACGUUUCCUGGAGAAUGAUGGCUGGCUUCAUCGUGUUGAGAAUGAGAUGAAGUUGCUGAAGUCAAAUGAUCCGACUUCAGAGGUGUUAGAGAAGGACCUCCAUUGUCACAGACUGGAGCUGCAGGUAAAUGAUCUCCAGCAGCAGAUCAAGCAGAUGGUCAAGCUCACUACUCUGCAGGAUCAGGAGAACAAGCGCAUGCAGAAAAUGGUGAAUAUGUUGUUGCCAGCAUAUAGUCGGCACUACUCUGCGUUGCAUGGGGCGGGGCUUGUCACGGCAGCAGAUGAGAAGGAGAACCAUGAACUCGAGCACCUUGUGCUGAGGGAGAGAGGUGUGGUCUGGGCAGACCAGGAGGAGGUGGAGCAGCACCUGAAAGGUGAAGGGAUUGGAGUGGAAUCACAGAAGACAAAUGAGGCGGGAAGCAUUGGGCUCCACAGCGAGUUGGCACCUGUCCUGACUUUCUCACAUUUGCUAUACCACCAGAGUAGCCCCUGCAGUGCAGAGGGGCACACAAAAAGAACAUCACUGUGCAAAGCUGCUCCAUCACCAAAAGGUAGAGAAAAUCAAACAGAUAUGAAACCUGAACCACGUCCCAGAAUGCCCAUCAGGAGAAAUCUGUCUGCAUCACUGCCACCGGAAAGCCCCCGGACCAUCGCCAAGGCCCAAGCGUUUGAGGAGGGUAUGUUCCCACUCCAGUGCACACCAGAACCUCCUCAAAGGACUGUCCAGGCCCUUCCGCUGAGCUCCACCAGUACCAUGGAUCCCAACAUGACCUUUGAAGUUCUGGACGAUGAUCAAACUGCAUGUAAUGCUACUGUCAUAAUAAGCAAUGGUAGUCCCUGUCAAGCACCAAGGUCCACUGACCUUCCGGGUCACAGCCGACUACUCCAUCCUUCCAAGACCAAUGAGGGGAACCAGAUUCCUAACAAAAGACAACAGAUCCCGUCUUUACAAGAUGUGAGACGAGCCAACCCAACCUACAUGGACAUGACGUCUGCUGCACAAGGAAAGCGCAAAUUUAACCGCAGCAUCAGAGAGGAGUUAACACAGGGUCUCUCUGCACCAAAGCGUAUAAAGAAAGACCCCUCAGUGGUCCGCAGACCGCUCAGAGUGCACCGGUUUGCUGGUUCAGAGGAGAACAAACCUCGUAGAGUUGUGAGGAGCAUUUCUGAAGGAAAUCUCAGCCUCCUCGAACCUCAGAAAUCCAAGUCCAUUUUCUAUAAAACAUCUCAACAGUUAAAACGAGUGGCAAAGCGGAUGUAAAGCAACAUCAUGUUCAGAUCAGGCCAUUUUCAUUCUCUACCCUUUCCGUCCAAAUUCAUCUUUUCAAAAGAAAAUCCUAAAAACCUAAAAUAAAAAUAGUCCAUUGUGUAGGCUUCUCCAACACAGAGGCUAAUGUAAGAAGAUGAAAUGCAAAAUGUAAGUCACAUUAUUUUCUCAUAUUCUUCAUUUCAGCUUCACAUUGCACUGAAAUUUUACUUGACUGUAUAUAAACAUUGUAUAGGUAUUGGUCAUCUUUUUAGAUUAUUCUCUUGAUAGAUUAAGGACAAAUUUUUAUUAUUUCUAACCCUACCCUUAAAACGCUCAUGUGCAAACUGACAGUAAGAAAUAAAACAUGUCCUGUGGAUGCUUUGUGUUUUACGUACAUUAUGUUCUUUAGCUAUACUCUAAAACAGUGAUAGGUUUGGUAGGUUACCAUAUUUCCCAGGGCAGCUAUUAUCAGAGGCAGACUGUUCCUCAAAUGACCUCAAAUGGAGGUUUGGCUGCAAAAAAAUAAAUAAAUAGUCUGCUCUAUACUGAGCUGUUUGCAUUUUUAUUUUUAUGCUUUUUUUUCCCUUUUGUACAGUUAAUAACAUGGGGUUAUAGAUAUUUCGUAAUAAAACUGCUUGUCACA